CAUAACAUCAAUAACAUACCAAAGGGGUUAAGAUACAAUGAAGCAGUCUAGUACAAUCGUUUUUCUCGUUCUUUUCUCAGUGUUCGUUACCUUAUUCAUAUCAUGCAUCAGUGCCCAACCUAGUAAUAUAGCGGCAACAAUGACAAUUAACAGCUUUGAGAAGGGCGGUAGUGGUGGAGACCCAUCUGAGUGUGAUGGAAAGUACCACUCGAAUGAGACGCCCAUCGUGGCAUUGUCUAGCCAAUGGUAUGAUCACGGAAAAAGGUGCUUUAAGUAUAUCAAUAUAUAUUACAAGGAUAAAAGUACACAAGCUAUGGUGGUAGAUGAGUGCGACUCUAGUAAAGGAUGUGCUAAUGAUAUUGUAGAUGCAUCUAAAGCUGUUUGGAAGGCGCUUGCGGUGCCAGGAAGUGAAUGGGGUGAAACGAAAGUUACAUGGUCAGACGCAUGAUCGUUCUUGAACCCGAUUCAGUAUUGCGUAUGAAUAAAACUGUUGAAAUUUCUUAGUUUGA